AGAGGCUGUGAUAACGACAGAUGUCUCACAAACCGUGGGUUUAACAGGAGGGGUGAAAAGAGAAAAAACGCCCAGUCGCAGAUUGGACCUCGGGGAGAGAGUAGGACUGGCUCGAGCUGAAUCACAUUCACUACUACAGCAGAAAGGAAAGUACCUUCAACGCACUCUUACGCACGGAUUUUCACAGAAGCAGAACAUGGGAGGCAAGCUAAGCAAACGGAAGAAGGGAUAUGAUGUCAGUGACCCUAAAGAGAAGAAAGAGGAGAGUGCUGUGGCAGCAGUUGAACCAGCUGAGAAGAAGCCAGAGACCCCUGUGACUGAGUUGGAGGCUGCACCGCAGGAGGCUGCUACGGUAAGUGCAGCAGCGCCAGUGGUGGAGUCUGAAGCACCAGCUGAGAAGCCCACCUCUCUUUCAGCAGCACAAGCAGAGGUGAAGAAGGAUGAUGCUGCUCCAGAAAAGCCAGUGGCUACAACAGAGGCAUCUACUGCUGCAUCUAAGGAACCAGAAAGUGCUCCAGAGAAACCAGCAGAUGUACCAGAGUCACAAGCAGCUGAGGUACCAGCAUCUGCAUCAGAGGCAACAGCAGUAGAGGCACCAGCUGCUACACAAGAGGCACCAGCAGCAGAAGUACCAGCAGCUGCAGUAGAAACACCAGCAGUGGCACCAGAGGUAUCUGCACCCAAGGAACCUGCAGAUGCACCAGAAGCAUCAGCAGCAGAGGACCCUUCAGCUGCAUUUGAGGAACCAGUGACAAAGGAACCUGCAGCUGCACCUGAGGAACCAGUGACAAAGGAACCUGCAGCUGCACCUGAGGAACCAGUGAUAAAGGAACCUGAAGCUGCACCUGCAGCAGAGGAACCUGAAGCUGCACCUCAGGAACCAGCAGCUCCACCAGAGGCACCAGUGACAGAGAAACCUACAGCUGCAACAAAAGAACCAGCCACUGCACCAGAGACACCAGUAACAGAGGAACCUGUAACAUUAUCUGAGAAACCAGCAACUAUACCUGAGGAGCAUGCAACUGCCCCAGAGGCUGAGGAUUGUGCAGCUGCACUCGAGGAACCUGCACCUGUGCUAGAAGAGCCUGUCUCGUCGCCUAAACUUGAAGCCUCACCAGUGGAACCUGUCACAGAGGAGGUGGUAGAGAAAGUGGUUGAGGAGGUUGCAAAUACCAAUCAAUUGCCCUGUGAAAUUACAGAAACCAACGAUGUCAGGCCAGAAUCAGAGACUGUUACUGAGGCAGCAGCUCUAGAACCAGUCGCAGAGUCUGCCCCAGUGCCUGAACCUGUUUCCGAAGCAUUGAGUGUAGCAGAGGUCGAGAUGGCUGUGCCUUCCCCAGAGGAACCCACAUCAAUCACAGAGCCUGAAUCUGAAACUGCUGCACCCCCAGAGGUUACACUAACACAAGCAAAUCCUGAGCCAUCCCCAGAGCCAACACAACCCGAACCUGUGGCAGAACAAAAGAGUGCAGAGGAGUCCAUUCCUGCAAUCGUCAUCUUAGAAUCAACCUCAACCAAUGAGCUCUGUCUUGAGGAACCUGCCUCGACUGUAACAGAUCUGAAGCUGAAUAAUGGAGACUGCGAGAGUGCUGGCUCAGCAGAGGAAUCUGUGUCGGCUCCCCCUGAGGUAAACGGGGAAUGCCAUGUGCAGGCACCAGACGUAGCCCCUGCAGAUGUCCUUGAGUCCCCGGUUGAGGCAUGUGUAAAUGGUGUGAAGGACAAAGAACCCCCUCAAGAGCUAAGUGACUGUGAACUGAAAAAGGACUUGAGUUUGGCUGCUGACUUUCAGGCUUCAGCUCCGAUUGGCGACGUGGUAGAAGUGCCACAGUGAGUCGGCUGAGCUGUCGACUUAAUCUGAGAAACAAACCUUAAAUGUGAAUCCCAUAUUGAUGCAAACAAACAAAUGAAACAAUCGUCUGACAACACAGGCUUUCUGAAAAUAAGUGUGAAAAAUGCCUGUUGUGUUCUCUCAGGCAAAGGAAUUUCUGGUUAACCAAAAUGAAAUACAACCACCCAAGAGCUAAGAGUGCGAUAAACGAAGAAUGAAACAGUGAGGGUAAAAGCCUAAAAGGAAAUGGGAGGGAAAGAAUGAGAGAGCGAGAGAGAAAGAGAGCGAAUGGUCUUUGAAGUCUUUGUGGCCGAUGUCCUGCUGUCAUUGCAGAGAGUGAGCUUACAGGCCUGGUUGAAUAUGUAAGCCAGAGGAAUGAUGAUUAGACAUGAGCAGAAUUUUUAAUUAUUGAGAUGGCAGAACAGAAAUGCUGGACAGUAACAAUAGUAAAAAUGAAUUGAAUGAACAGAAUCAACUUUUGUGUGCGAGACUGAUCCAUACUGAAAUGGUUUAUUGGAUUAGCAUUUAAUAGUAUAUAAUCUAAUUUAGACCACAUUUCUGUCACCAUGUAAUACGGAGAUUUGAGGAUGAAGCAUUUUGAACUUUUCAUGUUGGGAGAAUCAGUGGGGAAUGUUCAUUUUAACUUAAUGGCUUGG